AUGGAGCAAGAACUCCUGUCGCUCCUGGCAGACACACAGUCGCCUCGGGCAGAUGCUAGGAAAGCCGCGGAGACCCAACUGGCCCAGCUCAACUCGAACGAAUCCUUCCCCAUCUCCCUCACAGCCAUUGCCUCGCACGAGUCCGUCCCCGUGAACCUGCGCCAAUCCGCCCUUUCCGUCCUCCGUACGUUCAUCGGUGCCUCCUGGUCCCCUAACCUUGACGACUUCACCGGCCAGGUGCUCGUCACCGACGCGAACAAGGCUCAAAUCCGCCGUGCGCUGCUGGAGCUGGCGACUACCGUUGAGACCCCCGAGCGCAAAGUCAAGGCUUCCGCCAGUUAUGCCGUUAGCAAGAUCGCCAGUGCAGAUUUCCCUGACGACUGGCCAGAGCUGCUGCCCACACUACUCCAUGUGAUUAAUGACCCUGCGACGAGUGAUAAUGCGCUGCACGGCGCGCUGAAGGUAUUGUUGGAUCUUGUGGAUACCGGUUUCAGUGAUGAGCAGUUCUUUAAUGUUGCCCGUGACCUCGUCUCGUCCCUCUUCGCCGUGGCAACGUCCGAGUCCCGUCGCCCGAUGCUGCGGGCCCUUGCCGUGGCGGUGUUCCGCUCCUGCUUUGAUACAUUGGAAAUGGUGUUGGAGCAGCACAAGGCUGCGAUUAAGCAAUUUGUGGAUGAGGUGCUGAGCGGAUGGUCACCAUACUUUGUCGAGACGUUAAAGGCUCCGCUGCCUCAACCACCAAGCCCGGAGGAAGCAAACAAAGUGGGCGAGAUUCCAUCGCAAUGGCGUGGUAUUGUUGGGUUGAAGCUUCAAGUUGUAAAGACUGUGAUGAAGAUCCGCAUGGUCUUCCCCGGACUUCUUACCGCCCAGAGUCCAACCUUCUUCUCGACUGUCUGGACAGAGCUCUCCAAUGCUCUACCCAUUUACCAAAAUUUCUAUAUCGAGGAUGAACGCCAAGGACGCUUGGAAGAUGUUGAUGGUCUUCCUUACUCGCUGGAUUUCCUCAUCCUGGAGGAACUGGAUCUGAUCCAAGCCCUCUUGAAGGCGCCGCCCGUGAAAGCGGAAUUGGCACAACAAUUGCAGAACGCCGGCGCUGCUGCUAGCUCAUCUGGAUGGGUACCAGAGAUCAUGAAGCUUGCCGGUAGCUAUUCACAAAUUACCUGCGAAGAGGAAGGUCUGUGGGAGAUUGACGUGAACCUCUUCCUCUCGGAGGAGACCUCAGUUACCGCAAACUACACUCCUAGAACUUGCAGUGGGGACUUGGUUAUCAAGGUCGGCGAAUGGCUUAAAGACAAGGCGGCUGAAGGUAUUUCGGCACACCUGAAUACCCUCUUCGCCGACAGCUCUGCCUCGUGGAAGUCCCGUGAGGCAGGCCUCUACAUUCUCAAUGCUCUCCUUCGUGAUUUUGGCGAGGUCUCCCAGCCAAUCUCCCAGGAAUUGGCCACUCAUUUCACCCAGUUCGUCCACUACGCCACUCAACAAGAGCAGGAUCUGCUGCGCGCACGAGGCUAUCUCGUGGCUGGUGCCCUGUCCAAGGUUGCCGGCGAGACUUUCCAGCAGAACACUAUCUCUUACCUGGAAGCUGCCCUGAAAGCUAUUGCCGAGGACCCCUCCGAGGUGGUCAAGGUGGCCUGUAUUCGCGUUCUGCAAGACCUCAUUCCCUCUUUGCCAGCUAGCGUUGCUCGCCCUUUCCAGACGACCGUCAUCUCCGCCAUUUCCGAGUUUGUCUCUGCACAUGACCUACGCGAGGAGACUGACGCCGAUGACCUCAAGGUUACCCUGGCGGAGACCCUCCGAGAUACCAUCAUGGCCGACCCAUCUGUUGUCCUGUCAUCUUUGGCUAUCGACGUGCUCUUCAACAUUGCUAGCAGCGGUGCCGAGAACUUCCAGCUCACAAUGACCGUGACCGAGGCCUUUGAGGAUAUUGUGGAUCAGAUCACCGAGCAUGGACCGGAUGCGUAUGUUCGUUUGUGCGAGAAGGUCCUCCCCUCGCUGAUGGGCGCCAUCGACGUGGGCAACCUGACUGAAGAGAACGAAUUGACGUUCUUCGCGGCGGAAUUGCUCCGCGCCCUGGCGGAACGCAGCCUCGAGCCCAUGCCGGCCGGCUUUGUGGAGACUGUCAUGCCCAAGCUCAACCGUCUCCUGUUGGAGUCAGAGGAGGGUGAGCUGAUUCGGCCCGCGACCGAGGCCGUGCGUCAUAUGCUCGCGCACGACUUUACGCAGUUUAUCGCUUGGCACGACCCCCAGUCUGGCAAGCAGGCCAUUGAGGUCGUUCUGGUUAUCAUUGACCGCCUGUUGGGCCCGGCUGUGGACGACCAUGCCGCGACCGAAGUAGGCCAGCUAGCCGCCGAGCUGGUGGAGCGUGCUGGCUCCGAGCGCCUGGGACCAUACCUUCCGCAGCUCCUCCAGGCGGUCGCCCAGCGCUUGGCGACUGCCGAGCAAGCUCAAUUCAUCCAGAGUUUGAUCUUGGUGUUCGCACGACUGACCCUUAUCAGCGCGCGGGAGGUGGUGGACUUCCUGGCGCAGGUGAACCUCGGCGGACAGAGCGGACUAGUCGUUGUGCUGAGUAAGUGGCUCGAGAACUCGGUCAACUUUGCCGGCUACGACGAAAUCAAGCAAAACAUCUUUGCCCUGGCACGCCUUUAUGAAUUGUCUGACCCUCGGCUGUCCGAGGUCCCCGUCAAGGGCGACCUGAUCAUCAACGACACGGGCCGCAUCAAGACGCGCUCGCAAGCCCGCGCCAAUCCCGACCGGUACACCACGGUCGCCGCACCUCUGAAAAUUGUCAAGGUGUUGGUUGAAGAGUUGGCCGCAGCCUCGGGCAACAAGGAGAUCGACGCUGCACAGGCAGCGGCAUUGGAAGACGCGGCGAGCGACGACGGCGAUGAUGACUGGGAAGAUGAGCCGGGCCAGAUUUUGGAUCUGGGAUUGGGCAUGACCAAACAACAGUUGAUGAGCUUUGGCGAGGGUGGAUCGGAAAGUGUGUUUGGGGUGCGUCGUCGGGAUGACGAGACGCAAGCGUUCCUGGCAGACUUUUUCCGACGGGCAUCACAGCAACCUGGAUUCCAGGAGGUGUUUGCGGCGUUGACGGCCGAUGAGCAGGCUAAGCUGCAGGCGUUGGGGUAA